GUCUCCGGGCACGCUUUCCCCUCUUCCUCUUCCAAGCUUACCCCGCCUCCUGUGUCUUCCCCCCACCUACUCAAGACGCUGGUCCCCUUCUAGAUUCUAGAACCUCCUAGAGGCGAACGGGAGAGCCCGUGGGCGGCGGAAGGGCAUGGCGAUGGCGACGCAGACGGGGUUCGCCGCCUCAAAGGUCCUUAUCCUCGUCGGCGCAGGUCUGACGGGGUCGAUCGUCCUGCGGAAUGGCCGCUUGUCGGAUGUGCUGGCGGAGCUCCAGGAGCUCAUGAAAGGCGUGAAUCUAGGAGAAGGUUCGAGUCCUUAUGACAUUGCCCUUAUCCAAGCACAGAUUCGGAAUUUAGCCCAAGAAGUCAGAGAUUUAACUUUAUCAAGGCCCAUUACCAUAUUGAGUGGAAAAUCUGACUCAGGAGGCAGUUUUUCAUCCUACAUACUGCCAGCAGCUGCUGUUGGAGCAUUAGGGUAUGGCUAUAUGUGGAUCAAGGGAUGGUCCUUGUCAGACGUUAUGUUUGUCACGAAACGCAACAUGGCCAGUGCUGUCGAGAGCAUGUCGAAGCAAUUGGAGCAAGUUUCAUCAGCACUAGCAGCAACAAAAAAACAUCUAACUCAGCGGCUUCAGAAUUUGGAUGGGAAAAUGGAUGAACAAGUCGAGAUCUCCAAACAUAUUCGAAAUGAGGUCAACGAUGUUAAAACUGACCUGUCUCAAAUUGGCUUUGACGUUGAAGCAAUUCAACAGAUGGUAGCCGGAUUGGAAGAGAAGAUAUAUUUACUUGACAAUAAACAGGACGCGGCUAAUGCUGGUAUAUGGUACCUCUGCAAAAUGGCAGGAGGCAUAAAAGAGGGAAUAAAUGCGAAGUUUUUUCAGGAAGCGGAUGAAAAACUCAAGCUUCUAGACCAGGCUCAAACUGAAAAGAAGUCGGUGAAGGGACUCGAGUUAUUUCUAGAGAGCAACGAGGAACUAAAGGCAAUUGACUCGAAGCCAAAUACAGUCACACAGAACGACUCCAAGAAAACCAUGACAACGUUUGAUGUGCCCGUAAAGAGCGCCGCGGUGCACAGGUCAAACAGAUUUUCAUUCCGGAAGGAAGGCCUCGCACUGUGAUCGCAACAUACCUGCCAGUGCCAGCAUGUGAUGUACAUUGCAUUCUUGAUUGCUUUGUUUUGAUAGUAAAUAUAGAAGAAUAACCUGCUUCCGGAGUGAUGGUUUUCCAGGAUAGACAGGCGUGGGCAUUGCUCUGUCGAAGUCAACUUGUAUUUGAUUCGUUUCAUGUUUUGAUUUGAUGUUGUCCGCCCAUAAUUAAGCAAGUGGUGCGGAUGAAUAAAUAUACCGCGUUUUACUUGUCGAA